AUGGGAUCUAACGUCUCGACAAAAACGGACAGAUCAUCCUCAUCAAUCAUGUCCAACCAAAACGCCACCAUUGAACCAUCGAAAAUCAUCAUCGACCAAUCCGACCAAAGCAUCUCCAAUUCAGACCAGUGCAGUUCCGUCUCCGACCAAGCCGGUUCCAGUAGUUCUAGUUGUCACCAAACCGGUACCGAAGAGUUAAAGGAACUACCUUCAAGUACAAACGUCGAAGAGCUGAAAUCAAAUAAAAAAGCAAUAGAAUUUAGUGAUGAUACUACAGGUGUAGAUAAGAAUGAAGACGAAGACUCUGCAACGGAGAGUCUGCCGCCUACUGAAGAAUUAAUUGAGGAACCCCACGAUCGAUCGGAUGGUUCAGACUCUGGUUUAGGUUCAGAGUUGAGUGAAGAACGACCACAGGAAAUAGUGGCGAAUAUAGAAAGCGAUAGCGAGUCUUCGUUUCUGUACAAUACAAUAACUAAUACGCAGUUUGAGGAAUUUGCGAGGCAAGUUACUAAUAGUAACGACAACAUGAGCGGCGUACAAUCCAAGAAUAAACAAACAAAAAGCAGUCUUAAGCGAAAGCUUGUUGCAGAUGAAAACGACGAACCCAAAGCUAAAAAAAGAAAAGGUAUCACUUUUGACAGUGUCACCGUCUUCUAUUUUCCCAGAACGCAAGGUUUUACUUGCGUUCCUUCACAAGGCGGCUCAACCUUAGGCAUGGGAGCUCACCAUUCGCAUGUAAAGAAGUUCUCCAUAGCUGAGCAUGCCUUAGAGCAAAGAAGGAUCCAUAGACAACUUCUGCAGCAACUUCGCUCCGAAAGAAACGUUACAGGCGGCACAGCAACUUCCAGUGACGAAUCGGACAGUGAAGAUGAAGCCAGUGAAGGCUCAGACACCGAAAUGGACCCCGACAAUUUCUACUUCCUUCAGCCAGUUCCUACAAGGCAGCGGAGAGCUCUUCUACGGGCUGCUGGAGUGAGGAAGAUCGACUCGAUAGAGAAGGAUGAGUGCAGGAACAUUCGGACGUCCCGGGAGUUCUGUGGGUGUGGUUGUAAGGGAUAUUGUGAUCCUGACACUUGUUCCUGCAGUCAAGCGGGGAUCAAAUGUCAAGUAGAUAGACUUAAUUUUCCUUGUGGCUGUUCUAGAGACAAUUGCGGCAAUUCGAGUGGAAGAAUCGAGUUCAAUCCUGUUCGGGUUCGGACACAUUUCAUACAUACACUUAUGAGGCUAGAACUAGAAAAAGAAAAGGAAGGCAAGUCCGAAAACAAAGACAUCCCAGUCCCCCAAAACUGGAUGGACAACGAGAGGCUAACAUCCGCGCCCCACCAGGACCAAUCUUCGGCGAAGUGUCCCAUCAAUAAGUAUAAUAGUAGUUUGUUACGGGACGUCAAUCUUACCGCCAACGUGGAGGCUGAAAACUGCGUUCACACGGGAAGCUUCACCAAUCUACACUACGGAGCUCCUGGGGAAGGCCCCGGGAAUCAUCUGCCGGACAGAGCUGAUUCCCUGGACCUGUAUACUUUCAGAGAAAAUUGCUACGGUGAGGAGAGUAACCAAGAGGAACGCAAACAACCGUUCCAUGGCCAAGCGUUUCAUUUCUCCGGCGUGGGAUUCGGCAAUUACGUCCCUGGCCACCAAAAUCAAUACGCGCAGCCCUACCAACAGACCUUCAGCGAGUUUCCUCCGAUGUUCACUCCCUACGGGGGCAUGUACGUUCCGGAGUUCAGCCAGAAACCCCUAGAUGGAGCCUUCCAUCAAAACUACGAAAAUUUCAAUACUGAAAACAACUUUCCAGAAUCUAAAGAAAACCAAUACACUAAUCUGAAUCCCGUGGCGAGCAACAGUAAAAUAGAAUCGUUCUCGGAGCUGUUGAACGGCAGAUACGGCGGCUAUUCCAGCUACGAGGGGGAGUUCAGUAGUUUAAAUUCCGAAUGUUCGGCGAAUAGCUUGGAGAAGAAUAACGACAAUUCGACCAGCACCAAUGAAGAAUGCGACGAAAACUUCGGCGAAAUUAUUAAAAAAUCUAUGGUAGAAACUGUCUCAGCAUAA